UAUAGCUGGUUGGAGUUCUCUUGUUUCUACCACUUAGCGUAGGUGGUAAAGUGUAUUUUGCAUGUUGAAAUUUGAGUUAAUUGAGAAAUUGUGGUUUUAGAUAUAAAUUCCUGGAGCCAAGUUUUCAGAAAGUGCAGAGGGUAAAACAAUGAUGGACAUACGCCCAAACCAUACAAUAUAUGUGAAUAAUCUUAAUGAGAAAAUAAAAAAGGAAGAGCUGAAGAAAUCUCUAUAUGCGAUCUUCUCUCAGUUUGGUGAAAUUCUGGAUAUUGUAGCUUUGAAGUCAUUAAAAAUGAGAGGCCAGGCAUUUGUAAUAUUUAAAGAAAUUGGCAGUGCUACCAAUGCUUUGCGGUCUAUGCAAGGAUUUCCAUUUUAUGAUAAACCAAUGAGGAUUCAGUAUUCAAAAUCUGAUUCAGAUGUAAUUGCUAAGAUGAAAGGGACGUUUUCUGAGCGUCCAAAGAAAGUAAAGAGAGUGGCACCUGCUGUUGAAGAAGCCUCAGUUGAUACAAAGAAGGCAAAAAGAAAGGCUGCCAAAGAACAGGCUCGUCAGCUGAAUCCUGGAGGGGCUACACCUGUGGUACAACCAGUUGCACAUGUUGGUGGUUAUGGACAAGCCACAGCUAUGCAACAAGCUGCAUCACAUGUAUCUACAACGGUACCUGAACAGCCCCCCAACCAGAUUCUUUUCCUGACAAAUCUACCUGAUGAGACAAAUGAAAUGAUGUUGUCAAUGUUAUUCAAUCAGUUUCCUGGAUUCAAGGAAGUUAGAUUGGUUCCUAACCGUCACGACAUCGCGUUUGUGGAAUUUGAGAAUGAACUCCAGUCUGGUGCUGCUAAGGAUGCACUUCAAGGUUUCAAGAUUACUCCUUCCCAUGCUAUGAAAAUAUCAUUUGCCAAGAAGUGAAGUGUGUGUAUUUUAUUCUCGCCCAAUUCAGAAUACAGUUAUAUCCUAAUUUUAUAUCUGAAUACAGACAGCAGAUUGGAACUCACACCUGAGGAGGACCAUAGAUUGAGGAAAUUUGAACUCUGAUUUAGGGAUGUGCUGAAAGUGAGGAGCUGUAAAAUGACUUUUCACUGUGUUUGAGUACCUUACCUAACAUUAGCAAUGAAUAUAUCUGACUUUUUGUGCCUGUUAAUCAGGUAGUUCGAGUUGUACUAUAAAAACCACUGCGUUUUGAUAAAAUUAAAUAAUUUUAUUACUAGUA